UGUACAUUUAAGUAGUUUCCCUGCACUCGGAGUGAAAAGAUCGCACGCCUUUUCAGUAAAGAGGUACAGCAUAGCAAAGAAAAAUAUAAAAGUGCAAUUUAUACUAUAGAUGGGUGCAUAUAUACGACACACCCCAGUGGCGGAUCCAAAAUUUGCUUGUAGGGCAUAUAAAAAAAAAUUGUUGAGGAGAAAUCAAAAAUUUUUGAGUAAAAUACAUAUUACGUACAUAGUCUAGUGGAGAACACAUAUUUGCAAUAUAUGGGAGUAUUCUUAUUUAUUUUUUUCUAAAGACUAAAAAUAAGUUUUUAAAAAGAUGUGGUAAAAAUAAACAUAAAUAUUUCUAGGAAAAUCAUAAGAAUGCUUAGAUGUAAACUAGCGAAAAAAUUGGAUUAAGUUAAUAUUAUCAGGCUUAAAUUCUUGCUUAAAAUAAAGUACCAAAGAAUCAGCUCAAAAUGUCGAAAACGAUACUAGUGAUAUUCAGCAGAGAUUCGGCGAUGUCAGGGUCGUCUGCACGGGUGGAACUGCAUCUCGAAUGCGGGAGUUGGCUCUAUAUAUGCGGAAGGUAUUGGGAGUGUCAGACCCGAGUGAUCCGGUGGACUUGUGCGAGCGCGGCCAUCGCUAUGCCAUGUACAAGGUGGGUCGGGUACUGUGCGUUAGUCACGGGGUUGGAUCCUCCACUUUUAGCGUUGUGCUUCAUGAGCUGCUCAAGCUGGUCAUGUAUGCCCGGUGUCAGGAUCCCAUCUUUCUGCGAAUCGGCACCUGCGGAGGACUGGGAGUGCCACCUGGUACAGUGGUGGUCACCAAGGAUGCAUUUAAUGGCAUGCUGCGCAACGAACAUCAGAUCGCUAUUCUUGGAAAACUUGUGGUACGACCAGCUCAGUUUUCUGAAAACGUGAUCAGAAAUAUAAUGGAGUAUGGUGCCGAUCCUAAAGACGGGUUUCAGACCAUAAGUGCCAACACAAUGGGAACAGAUUGCUUUUACGAGGGUCAGGGACGCACCGACGGAGCGAUUUGCGAGUACACUGAGAAGGACAAGAUGGACUUUCUGCAGAAGUGCCAUGAUCUUGGAAUCCGGAACAUCGAGAUGGAGGCUAGCAUGUUUGCCUCAGUAACCCAAAAAGUGGGGGUCAAGGCCGCUGAUGUUUGUGUGACCCUGGUGAAUCGCCUUGAAGGGGAUCAGGUCACCAUCACAAUGGACCAGAAGCACGAAUUCGAGCAGCGGCCCUUCCUGGUGGUUGGCCGCUAUGUUAAGAAACUACUGCAGCAGUGACUCUGCCAUCAUUUAUUUGUACUAAUACACACCUUUACAGUCAUAAUAAGGCCCUGCUGCUUAGCAGGAAAGAUA